UUUAUAAGUAGCUAGAAUGCAAAAACAAAGAGUAAAUAAUAUUUCUGACUGAAAACAGAAAUGGAUGAUGAUAAGCAAGAUCAGUUGUUGCCUAUUGCCAAUGUGGGUCGGGUAAUGAAGCAGCACCUGCCACCAACAGCAAGGGUUUCGAAAGAAGCUAAGCAAAGAAUGCAAGAAUGUGCAACAGAGUUUAUAAGCUUUGUCACUAGCGAGGCUUCUAACAAGUGUCGAAAGGAGAAUCGCAAGGCUUUGAACGGAGAUGAUGUCUGUUGGGCUCUCAGUUCUUUAGGGUUUGAUGACUAUGCUGACACUACAGUAAGGUAUUUGCACAAAUACAGGGAGGCUGAAAGGGAAAAGGCUGACCAAAAGAAAGCUACUGACACUGAAAAGGUCAACAAAGAUGAAGAAUCCAACCAUACAAGUUGCCAAGCAGUACAGCAGCAAACUGACCAGAUUCCUGAACCAACAAUAUUAGAGUUUAGGUUUCUUUAAGAAGCUACUGCAAUUAAUUAAUUAAUGGAAGUUCUCUCAGAAACCAAUCUUGAGAAAUACUAGGGCCUACUUCGUAUGAUGGGGAUGAAGUAGAAGAUCAAAUGGAAGUUCUCUCAGAAACCAAUCUUGAGAAAUACUAAGGCCUACUUCUUAAUUAUGAUGGAGAUGAAGUGUGGAAGAUCAAAACGUAGGCAAUAUUACAUAUAUAUGGAGGAGAUCAGAGUUUUUUAAUAACUUGUGACAUAAUUUGGUGUAAUACAUAUAUAUCUAGCUGUAUGAAAUAAAGGGCUUUAAUUUUCUUCUAUAUGAAUCCGGUUGCUACUCUCUGAGGUAAACUUAAA